AUGUCGAAGUUACAACUGAUCAGUUUCGUCACAGAAGUAGAUGGCAUGGAAUCAAGACAUCGAGGAACGAGAGUUUUGCCAGGUAAAAAUCAUGCCGUGGCUUACCUGAAGUAUGAAGAGGUUCGACAUGUCGUGAGGAAUUCCCGAUUUCAGCCUGGCCAAGAGAUCGAAUUCGGUCAAAGUGAGAGCAUCCUCUUGCUCAGCACUUGGAGGUCAGGAUCUACAUUCCUGGGCGAGCUUCUAAACCAGAUGCCUGGAACGUUCUACAAUUUUGAGCCUUUGAUUUCUUUGACCGUCAAGGCUUCAAACCUACUCCAGAAAUGGCCACUGACCUACAUCCACGACAUGAUUCACUGCCGGACCUCUCAGGAAUUCCUGGACUCAUCCUCAGACCUGUUCAACGAGUUCACCCUGUCAAGGAACGUUCGCCCUUGGGAUGCGUGUCAAUUCGUGAGAGUGAGAGGAACCGAUGAAAAUUUCUGCUUCAAUGCCACCAUGUACAAUGAACUAUGUCGGUUGUAUCCGAAGAGGCUCGUCAAAGCUGUGAGGGGAAAGUUGGCGGAUCUAAAAAGUUUAUUGAUUGACAAGACGAAGUUCGGAGAUUUGUCGUCAAACUUGAAAAUAGUGGUGCUCUUGCGAGAUCCCAGAGGAAUUAUGAAGUCCAGAUAUGAUGUGAAGUGGUGUCAGGAUGAGUGCUUGGAUGAAGCUGAGCUUUGCAGGAAUUUGGAAUCCAAUUUGAACGAGGCUCAACUUCUGGCCCAGACCCAUCCCGACCAAGUGUAUUUGCUCCGUUAUGAAGAUUUGUGUCUCAUGCCCGAGAAGCAUGUGGUGUCUUUGUUCCAGUUCUUGGGACAACCCGUUAGUCAAGUCAUCAAAAAGUACACCGUGUUCCACAUGUCAACCCAAGAUUCAGAUCAAUACGGGACUCGACGGAAGGCCAAAAAUCAAGCCUUUCUUUGGACCAAGGAAAUGUCCAUCUCGGACAUACGUCGGGUUGAAGGCCGAUGCCAAAACUUCAUGACCAAAGCGGGCUAUGUCGCUUUUCCCCAUGAUCCCCAAGGGACUGACGCGUUCCAAUUUCUCACUUCGGACACAGAGUUGUGGAAUUAUACCGAGACAAACGAGCAUUGGUUUCUGGCAUGAAAGGAAAAGAUUGAUUGAUCAAAAAAAAUGUUUUUCAAGAUUGUUCCAGUUCUUUUGAGUUGUGUUUUCCUUCGACGUUUCUUUCCACGGAAAAUAUCAGUCUGGAAACUCUG